AUGAGCAGUCCAAUCAACACACAUUCCACACCACUGGCUGGUGUAGCUCCUCGGCUGCGCAUACCGCUAUUCCUCGCAGCGCUAGCGUUGCUCGCAGGUGGCUAUCUACUGGGAGAGUCAAAUGUCAGCAAGCACGAGAAAGUGCACUGGCAGACUGCGGAUAUAAUAGCAGAAGCACACGCACAGGCCAGCUGCCACAUUCCACCGAUGGUCAAGCCAGAUCCAGCGCAGUUCCUGCCAGCUGACUACCACAUCCACAACCCCCACAUCCCAUUCGUAGUGUGGCCCGAGCAUGUCCCUCCCACCAUCCCCUCUGUGGCCUUCCCUGCGCAGGGUGCAUCCGAAUCAUCCAUCGCGGGCGCAGACAGAGCAGUGGAGGAAGCCAAGGAGGGCAUGACGCGACACCAAAAGAUACCGAGCAUCGUGCACUACACGUUUGGAAUGGGCGACGAGAUUGAGCAGCUCGAGUACUACCACUACCUCGCUAUCAGGUCUGCUCUGAUAGUGCUCAAACCGAAAUUGGUGCUGUUCCACUACCACACUGAGCCUACCGGACCGUGGUGGGCGCGUCUCAGCCAGCUGCAACAAGUCGUGCACGUACACUCCAGGAACUUGUCGCACAUCUUCCACCAACCAGUCGAGACGAAUGAAGCGAGGUCCGAUAUCAUCAGACUAGAAGCGCUGCUGCGCUGGGGAGGAAUGUUUCUGGAACCAGAUGUGUACGUCAUUAGAGACUUCCUCUCGGCUGGUUUGCUCAAUGAGCCCGUCGUGAUGGGUAUGGAGAGUCAACAAGACAUAACUAAGCAUGAGCUAGACCCUAAGGGUCUCAACAAUGCUUUCAUUCUCUCUGAACCUGACUCGAGAUUUAUUAGAGAUUGGUAUAAUGCUUACGCUACUUUCAACCAGUCGCAGCCAUCCGCGCAUAAUUUAGAAAUGCCAUGGAAAUUUGCACGUCUCAAUCCCAACUAUGUCACUGUGUUGAAUAGACUAGGCGUGUUUUGGCCACUCUACACUGACGACGCUAUCGAUAUGGUGCACAACAAGAAUCGAGAGGCUUACAGCUUUGAAAUGGAGGCUCAAUUCGCUUACCACGCUUGGGAGGAAAUCGCCCACUCACAGCUCUCCCCAAUAACCCCAUCUUCUCUCAAGACUCUCGGUUCUCCUUUCACCAGGAUGGCUAGGAGGUUCGCUGCGGCGGAUGACGAACACUAUUUGCAAAGCUAUAAUAGCAGACAUAAACACGGGCAUGUUGGGGGUGUUGUUGGUCUCGGCGCCGUCAGUCGUUGA